UGUUCAUCACAACACAAGGAGCGGCGCUGGACGGAGGAGCCAUGAGACAACGGACGACGCCCACACUUUAUUGUUAAUAAUGUCAAAUACCGGGUGUCCAGCGAGGAUUCCUGGUCUUCGUCAAAAUGGUCGACACCACCUCAUGCAGAAACUACAUUUUAGAGAAUUGUAUGGGGAGACAAGACAAACACGUACUCGUCCACGGCAGAGGCUGUUCUAUCAGCUGCCUCACCGCCUGGCGUUCUCCUUGGCUCAAGUGGCUCCUCCCUCUGCUCUUGCUGCUGGGCAUGUGUUCUUGGGAUUCACAAAGUGUGGCCAGUUUGUGUUAUCUUACACUCACUCUUGUGACACUGACGACCACACACUGCAGAUGAUACAUAGAUAUCGGCUACACUGGUGGGUAUUUGUUCCUUAUGCUCCUUUACGAAAAGUGGCAGAAGUGAUGCUCUUUGGUGACCAGGAUUUACAAGAGAGCUUGUAUGAAAAUUUCUUCAUCUCUUUGUGUCAAUGGCCAAGAGAUUUGUCCAAAAUCCUUGUAUAUGGUUGCAGCAUGAUUGAGGGCGGUGACGGAGGCAGUUCCCAGACCCGCAGGUGUUACAUCACUAUUACUGCAGUUCCUUCUCUUGAUAACUGUUCUGCUUGUUAUCAAGUGGCCACUUCAUAUGAAGAAGAUGAUCUGGCAGAGCGUUGGAAUAGCUGUGUGCGAUUUAGCUGUCUUAAGCAUGGCAUCACAGUUCAUACCAGUUUUGAGAUGGUACCGCCUUUCCCCAAGUUCCUCCCUAGUGUACAAAUGAAACGGAAGGGAUUUGUGGUGCUCAAUGCUGGAAAUUUUAUUCACGUGUUGAACGUUGACUUAGAAAAUAUGGAUAGAAAGAUGAAAGAAGUGGAAACAGAGAUAUUAGGUGUUAGAUUAAACGGUAUCAGUGCGGUGGCGAGAGAGGAAGAAGAGGAAAGUGAUGAUGAUAGGGAACAGAAUAAAGUCAAGAACAGGAGAGUUUCAGGUGAGCAGUACAGUGUACCAAACUUAAGAUCUGGCAAAGUUUACAACAUGACGGACAGCUCCAGCAGUGACGUUGAUCCCGAGGCUGAUGGCCAGAGUAGUUGUGAGGAGGAGGAAAUCACUCAGGUAGGAAAAGAACAAAACAAUAUUGGAUUAGUGUCAAGUGGUUUGAAAAUAACUUUAAAUAGUGGUGGUAGAUUAGGGUGUAGUAGUUCCAUGACAGACAGAGACAGAGAAUGGGAAAUUUUGAUAGGUAAUUUGCCUCCAACUAGUGAAGAAAGGACUAGAAAUGAAGACGCUGUAAGUGUUCACGUUGAGUGUCGAGGCGGUCAGAGAGGUUGUGUCUCUGAUGGCCAGAGUGUUUCCCAUUACUGUGACAAUGAAAACUGUGAUAACAGAAAUCGUGGAAGUCUCUGCGGGCAGCAGAACAGUGACGCUGCCAUGCGGGGUGUUGCCCGUAAUCUCACGCUCAAAGAAUUUCAGUUGCCUGAUGACUCUCCUUAUCACUUUUAUGGCGAGAGUGACUGUUUUAUUGACAACGACUCUGAUGACUCCACAAGGUGCUCACACAUUAGUGAAGAUUCUCGUUUAGGCCGCUCUGAUCUCAGGGACAGUUCAAGCAAUGUAGAUCGAUGUCGAGCUGGAGUUAAUUGUUGUGGAAAUAAUGGAAUAGCUGACGACUUUCCCAUUAAUUCUCAACAUUCACAACAACAGAGUAGAAUGGUCCUCCGAAGCUCAAGUGAAAGUUCCUAUGGUGAAAAAACUCCGACAAAGCAAGCCGAAAAAGAGUACGAAUUUAUAGAUGAAAUAACAGAUUCGCGCCACGAAAAGCUUAGUGUUUUUCGUCGCAGACGUCUCGCUGACAAGAAAUACGAAUUUUCUGAUGAAAAUAUGGAAAACGUUCCUCAGAAGUACAGUAGCUAUAGAAGUCAGAGUCGUAGACUGCUGAUGAGCCCGUCUCGUUCGCCAAGAUUUCGUUCACUAGGCGUUCCAUUGUCCGAGCUCUCAAUAGAGCUUGGCGAAUCAUCAGGGCUUCUCAGAUCAGUGUAUGAGAAGCUUUUAAGUCCAAACUCUGGUAGUGGCUCACCUAAUGAUGUACUUCGGCCCAUUAACCAGAACAUCACCAGUCCUGUUCUAUCACCACGAGAUGACCGAUGGAGAGAAGAGAUUGACCGUUUGGAAAAGGCAGAACUACAGAGAUGGAGCUCACGAGAGAGUUUAGGACUGUAUGCUCUUAGUCCAGGUUGUGUUCAGAAGUCUAGUGAAAGAUCUUCCAAUCUAACACCAAAUAGUGUUUCUGAUCUCAGUCAGUCACAGUCCUUGAAUUGUGUUGUGGACUUUAACCGCCGGUACAUUGAGGUUGACGAUGAACUUGUGUCUAUCAUCACAGAUAUAGAAGAUGAUGAACUGGGAACAGCAACUGGCUAUCAUAAUGCCUUACCUCUUGAAGUACAUGGGUCAGGCUACACUCAGAUGCAUAUGAUCUCCAAUUCCAAGGCUGAAAAACUGAUGGCUCCAGGUGUAUUAGUUAGACAGGUCAGCUUGGAUGUUGAGCAGUUUUGUCAUGAAAUGGCUCAGAGAUUGUGUACUGAGGCUGGCAAGAAAUAUUUCUUUUGCAAUGACUACAAUGUGGAGAUAGUUGAUGUGUGCCCAAGCAGUGGGGACAUUGUGGCCCUGGCAUCUGUGUUGGUCCAGGCUGCCACAGUGGUAAAGGGGCUUAGCAAGACAGUUCGAUCCCCACUUAGUUCCUUAACCCGUCGUCAGUACAAAACUACAGCAACAUUUAUCUUUAACAUGGAUACCAAACAGUAUUAUCUCAUUGAUAAGGAGCCACUACUUGAAGAAGAUCCAUACAGUAUUGAGACCUUGGAAGGAGACGUGGGUGAUGAGAGAUGGUGGCUGAAUGCUCGGCAGACGGCCCGUCAGUUACGUCAACAGUGGACGUAUCCAACUGACUACUAUUCUAGUGUCAAGGUCAUGACAAAUGAACCUCUUCUGAAAGGUAAAUCCUUGAACCACAUAAUGGAGGGACAGCACCUCAUAGCUCUAGUUCUAGGGCCACACCCACAAGGAGUUUGAAAAAUGUAAAAAAAAAAAAAAUAAAAAUAAAAUAAUGAUAAAAAAGCCACAUAAAAGUGCAUUAUUCAUUUAUCUGGAACACUUCUGAAUAUUGAUUCAUCCACAUAAUUUAUCUAGCAGCUCACAAUAAAUAAUUUAUUCAUAAUGCACAUUGUUUACAGUGUAUGUUUUAUAUUUUCAGCAAGCCCUUUCUUACCUCAGUACUGUACAGGGAGGACAACACAGAUUCUCCCUCAUUUGCUCUCAUUCAUUCAUUUAAUCAUUCAUUCAUUUUAGCUGCUGUAAUAGAUGUGUUCUGCUGUGGUGUACCCUUCCACAAUAUGUCCCCAAGAUUUCCACAGUGUAGAUGUAUUGAGAUUAAUUUGGAUAUUACUAGAGAUAUGGAGAUAGAGUUUUGUAAAGACCAUGGUUGUCAUAAAUGGUGCUAAUAACAGUUACCACAACCAGCUGUUGAAAACACUCUUUUUGUUUAUGUGACUCAGUGGAAAUUAACCAGUUUUAAACUCCUAUUGUGAUUUAAAAAGCACGAUUUUUUUAUACACAAAUAUAUUAGAUUUGACAUAAAGGAAAUGUUCCACUAUACCACAGUUUUUAAUAAUGAUAUCAUUUACAUUGUUCCGUUUACAACUCCCUGGAGAAAUGGAAUCCGGUGUUACUUGUUCAUACUUAGUACUGUACAGUACAAGUCAAAAUUAUGAGUGACUUGCUUCUAAUUGUUCCCCAAAUUGUGGCAAAACAUUUUUGUUAUUUUGGGAAGUUUAGUUACAUACCGGUAAGGUGCAGUUCAGGAAAUAUUUACAAGGUACAGUAUCUUCUAUUUUGUAAAGUUGAAAAAAAUUGAAAAGAGGCGAAGGUUUGUCCAAACCAUGAGAUUGAUGUUUUGUGGCAGAAUGAGCUUAGAAUAAUUAAUUUGUAAAAAGACUAAUGAUAAAAAUAUAACUUAGGUUGAUUAAUGUGAAGGUAAUAUUAGGAACCGGUUUUUCAUAAAAACAUUACCCGAGAGUGUGUAUUCUUAAGGUGUUGGAUAUUGAAGAAAUAAGUGAAAAGAUAACAAGUGUAAUUAUUAAUGAUCAUAGGGUGAUGUGCGCCCUCACCAUGUUAAAGCUUGAGUAACUAAAAUUGGCCAGCAAAUUGAACACUUAACUUGUGAAGCGAAUAACUUUUACUUUGAACUGGUAACACUUUCUUAACAUUUAACUUUAAAGCUUUGAUGUGAAACAGAAGGAUGGAUAGUAAACUUUAUACAGUGAAGAUGGAUUUCUAAAAAAGUUAAUUUGGAGUUAGUAUUGUUAAUAGAUUGAAGAAAAAUAUAUAUCACUGGAAGAUAGCAAUAUAAUUAUGAAGUAAAUAGAUAAAAAUAUAUGAUAUGAGGUGUAAGGACGUAAGGAACAGAUGGCAAGAAGAGAAUACUAUUUGUUUAAGCUGUAUGGUGGAUAAAGCAGAGGAAGACUGAAAGCAAAGGCAAAAAAAAAUGUUGGGGGAAAAUUUUUUAUACUUGGUGAAGGAGGUAUUGUUGUGGAAGAAUGUGUAGAACUGUGUUAAGAUCAUAAUGUAUGGAGGGGGAUCUACAUGGGUUAAUGUAUAGGAGGAAAAGCUAUAUAAGAUACAGAUGAGUCAUAAGGGUGGGAGAGGAUACCAGAAGUAAGAUUUUUUUUUUAGUGAGUAAUGAUUAAGGUGACAUGUACAGUAAUUGAGUAUACUGUAUACCGGUAGCUUAAAAUAAGAUGUAUUUUUCUCAGACAUUUGUGUGGUAUAAAUAUGACUAUGCAGAAGUUAUCAUCCCUGCAUUUAUUAUUUAUGUAUUGAAAUAGAUAUCCUACUUAAAUACAGGAGCAUCUUAUUUAAUAUUUAUCAAUCUUGAAAUAUAUUGUGUGUUGAUCUUCUUAAAAAAAAGUAAGGAAUUUUGUAUUUUAAGUCGUAGAAUUCUAAAAACUAAAUCUGCACCAUUAAUUUUUAUCUUUAGCCAAAAAAUAUAUUGACAGGCCACAAAUGUUUUGCUCUGGUGAACAAAGAAAAAGUUGAUGGAGUAGAUGGGGGAGUGAGUAUUGUUUAAGUGGUGCGUGGAGGAGACUGCAUGAAUUACCCCACGUGGCUGUAGGAGACUACAGUGAACCCUCACUUUACGCGGUUAAUUCAACCCACGGCGGCCCGCGUAAAGUGAACAACAUAACAUAUGGGAUUAAUUGAAAUAGAGACCGGGCCGACCCCCAAACUCCACUU